CCCCGGCCUCCUUGGCGUCGUUGACCGGCUCUGCUCGGCCCGGCGGUGACUACGCCUCCUGCACCUUGCCGCAGCGGCCCGUCCGUCCAUCCGUCCAUCCAUCCGUCCAUCCAUCCGUCCAUCCGUCCAUCCAUCCAUCCGUCCGUCCGUCCGUCCCGGGCAUCCCCCCGGUGUGCGGCGCGGCGGGUGGGGCCCCGGGGGCCAUGUCCCCGCGGCGGCGGCGGCGGUGGUGAAGCAUGCCGCGGCCGCCCGCCCUCCUGCUCCUCGUCCUGCUGCUGCCCCCGCUCCUCCUCCGCCUCCUCCUCGCCGCCGCCGCCCGCACAGAUGGCGGCUGCCCCCGGAGCCUGGACUGCACUCUGCAGAGACGGGCGAUGUGCACGCCGGGCUCCCACACCUGCGGGUCCUGCCUCCGGGCCUUUGUGGAAGACGAGCAUGGCCUCUGCGUGCCCAGGAAGCAGCUGGCCGGAGGGAGGAUCCCAUCGCUUCCUAACCUAGAAGAAGAAAUCAACUUUCUCGCUGACGUGUUGUCUCGACAGGCGGUCCCCAGCCAGGAGAAGCCCCAUCCCGCAGAGCCAGCUGGAUCAGAGGCCACAGGUAAGGAGUCCAGGCUCCACCCUUCACACGGGAGACCCCUGCCUCAUUACCAGGGCUCACCUGGAGCCCCCACAGAGCACCCCACCCUGUCAUCCCGGCCCGUGAAGGUGAACCCCUUGGAAUCCCAUCAUCUUUCCAAUGAUAUCUUCGUCCUGGGGAUGAUCGUGGUCUGCACCGUCGCCGGCGCCUCGGCCCUGAUCGUGGCUGCUGCCUGUUGGUGCAGGCUGCAAAAGGAAAUCCGGCUAGCUCAGAAAACAGACUACCUGGCCCAGAAAGUGUCCAGCUCACCCGAGCGGGACAAGACCUCGCCGGGAGACAAGAAGCUGGCACAGAGUGCCCAGAUGUACCACUACCAGCACCAGAAGCAGCAGAUGCUGUCCAUGGAGAAAAAUAAAGAGGAGCCCCGGCAGGCGGACCCGGCCUCCUCGGAUGAGGAGAACGAAGACGGAGAUUUCACGGUGUACGAGUGUCCAGGCCUGGCCCCGACCGGAGAAAUGGAAGUGAGGAACCCGCUUUUUGAGGACUGGGCCCUGUCCCCGCCCCCCAAGACAUCGUCACCCCUGCCCACGGCUCCCGGACUCCAGACUGGACGGGACUGAGAGCAUCUAGACCGAGCUACUCCCGAGGAAGGGGUUGGAGAGGGGCUGAGAAGGGGGGAGGUCCCGCUCCCAGGCUGCUUCCCCCCCGCCCCCGCCCCCGCCCCUCGCUCCAUCCUUCAACAUGUUGUAAAAAUCCAAGGCCCAAAACCUUCUCCCACCCCGUGUCCUCCCAAGAGAACUGGCCAUCCCUGGGCCAUCCCAGGACCAUCCCCUGGCCAUUUCCGAGCCCGGGUCAUCCCCCGGGGCCAUCCCCGGCCAUCUCCAAGGUAGGCCUUCCUUCCCCCGCUCGGUAGGGUGAGAGCCUGGCUGUGGAGGUUAUUGGGUGGGGCCUUGUUCUUCAUUCCUGCCAUUUCUCUUUAUGUUUCCCGUACCCAGGGUAGGGAGGUCAGCGAGGAGGAGGUGGAAGGAGUGUGGGGCUGGAGAGUGCAGAGGGGAGCCAGACUCUCUGGGCUCCAGGUUUCAGGGGGAAGGGGUGGAGCUGUUCCUUGGUCUUUCUCACUUCCCCCUCAGGCAUCAGGCCGGAGGUGCCCUGACCACGCUCCAGGGCAAAGGGGAAUCAAGGCCAACCCCAGGCUCCAGCUUCCCUCCUUCAACGAGCCAGAUCCUGCCCCCAGCCGCCUCCCGCUUCCCCGCCCUGCCAUCCCGGAUCCAUCCCGGCUGGCCGGAACCUCGGCCCCAGGCCGGGACGGGAUCAGCAGGGCCCCAGUUCGGGGGUCUCGGGGGCAGACCUAACGGCUCUCUUCUGUACUUGUUCUUGGUGUGGAUUUCUGUUUUUGGUUUGUUGGGGUUUUUUUUCCCUUCCUAUACUCCCUCCACCACCCCCGACCCUGCUUCUUGUCCAUAUCGUAUUAAUAUUUGUUUGGAGAUGAAAUUUUAUUAAAAGAAUAUUUCAAACCA